AUGACAGGAGUAAAAGAUAAUAGUGUGGGCGACAUCUCUCCUGCUUUUAGGCAAAAUUCAUUAAAUGAAGAAAGCCCAGUGGGCGAUGAAUCAGAUGAAGGUGAUGAGUCCCGUGAGGCUAGCGAUGAAGAACCUCCUUCUAGUUCUGGAGUUAUGCCCUCUACUAAAUCUUUUUACUCGUCAAAAAGUGAAUCAAAUGCAGGAAUACGAAAGAAAAAAACGCGUACUGUAUUCUCGAGAGGCCAGGUUAGUCUGUUGGAAGCAGCAUUCAACGCACAUCGAUAUCUCAACAGUCAGCAACGUACAGAUUUGGCUAGAACACUGAGCCUUACCGAAACACAAGUGAAGAUAUGGUUUCAGAAUCGGAGAAAUAAGUGGUUUGAAAAGAAUAAUUGGGACCAUGGAUUGUAACGAACCAACCGACAACCAAACCAAUAACAACCAAAAAAAUAAUUUAUCUAUUAUGCCAGCUUUAC